AUGCAGUUCAAGGCUCUCUCCGUCCUCUUCCUCUCUGCCACCGCAGUCAUCGCCUCCCCACAGCCAGAGAAGCGUGAUAUCAUCGACCAAGCCACCUCUGGCAUCGGCCACAUCGGCUCUGAGAUCGGUGACAUCGCAACUGACAUCGGCAACAUUGGCAAGAGUCUCACUUCUCUCUUCCCCUCUGCCACCGCCAUCCCAGCCUCCGUCUGGAGCAGCUUGACAGACGCCUCCGACCUCAAGUCCUGGGGCUCUUCCCUCCACAGCGCCAUCUCAGACCACCAUGCUCCCCAAUGGUUCUCCAACCUGCCUGCCUCCGCCCAGAGCGUAGUUAGCAGCGCUGCCGCCCAGAUCACCGGUGAAAUCGGCGAGCACUUCCCCAGCGUACCCAGACCGGUGCUCCUGGCGCAACUGUUACCAACGGCGGUUCCCAGCAGACCCACAGCCCCAACGCUGCUCCUCGCGCCACCGCUCUAG